GCAUGGAGGGGAGGGGAGAGGAGAAAGGCAGGUGUCUGAAGAAGGUGCGAGCAGGAGAGAAGAGGUAGAAGGCAAGACAAAAAGUUGAAAAAAAGGGAAAGAAAAUGUUUUUGUGGCUUAUUCUGCUUUCCCUCUGUGUCUGCUUACGGCAAGGUCUCUCGCUGACUUGCUACCAAUGCUCCGGGCUGCCAUAUAAUUGUAUAGAGAAUGAACAAAGGUGUUUCUUCAACCAGACCUUCUGUAUGUCACAAGGCAUCACUGUCAUAGAGAACGGAAAUGUGGUGGAAAAGACAUACAAAGGAUGCUCCCAAGGUCUUCUGUGCAACGAGACAAUGUAUAUGAACCAAGGAAACAGGAAAACGUACAUCAGCUCGCAGUGCUGCACCUCAGACUACUGCAACACCGGCACGUAUUACGCUCGAGUCCCAGUGGCUGCUUUGGAUUGUUUGACCUGCGUGGGGGACAACUCGUCUUGCGCACUGCAAAACCUGACGUCCAUUAAGUGUACCGGGGUACAGGAUCGGUGCAUGACAAUCACUACUGUAUACGUCAAAGAAACAAGCUCAAAUUCGGUGAUUAAAGGCUGUGGAACGGGUAACCUUUGCGAUCGGAAGCUGGAAUAUAACACCGGGAAUGGCCUGCUGUACACGGGCGUAUCGUGCUGCGGAAAAAAUAACUGUAACAACAGGACGCAAACAGUCUCAGUAGAUCCGAAGCCCAAUGGCCUUGAGUGCUACGCGUGCAAUGAGACAGGCAAAGGCGAGUGCCGGACCAAUAUCACCACAGUGAAGUGUACUGGAGACAUGAUGAUGUGCAUGGACGUCACAGGAUUUCCACGGGCAAACACACUAAUGCGUGGAUGCUGUUCUAAGGACGUGUGUCUUGGUCUAUCAGCAUCUUUAGCGAUCCAAGCCAGUCAGAAGCUCUUCUGUUGCUCAGGAAAUCUUUGCAAUAACGGCGAUAUUGCGUCGUAUUUCAGAUCCAGCUCAACCACGGCACUGAACAAUGUAUAUUUACUGGGAAUGGCUUUGCUCUGUGUGACGAGAGGUCUCAGGGUACUCCUGUGAAGAUGCACACCAUCAGCGUCGGAACACACCGUGCGGGAACGUUCUACACCACAUCUAAAUCAGAAUAUUGUAUCCAUUCUAACACAUAAUAGACUGUGAAGGUCACCAAUAUAACGGCUAUUCCUAGAGGAACUCAACAAUUGCAUGAAGAUUAACUUUUACCCCAAAGGUUCUUGUUUAGGAGCGCCAGUCCAUUUUUUGGACCUGAUCUAGACGUACAAGGUGAAGGAAUCUGCAGUACUGCUGAAAACAUGGUCCAUUGAACAAAAACGUUAAGCCUGGACAGCAAUCUGAACCAAGAUAUGACAGCUAAAAUCACAGACCAUAUACACCGGCAAGAGUAAAUCCACAACAAGCAGCAAUCGUUGGCAUUCGGAUGUCGCUUCAAGUUAUCUCCAAACCCAUAGGUGUGAAGCGAGGCUGCUGCAUACAGUGAUAUCAUUUGUUGAAUGUUAUUUUUUUUUCGUUGAUUUUAAAAUGUUGCAAUAAACUUUUUGGAACUUCUUAUGUAAUGUGAUGAAGGCUACACAGAGAUACAUUGCCUUGGUAGAGGGAAUGGAAUUUCCUUUAUUUAAUUGUUUCGGAAUGUUUUCUCCACCCAAGUUUGAGUCCGUCCUAACCAUCUCCACCAUGCCAGACCUCAUUCCACUACAUGUCCUGCCUAUGCCGCCAGUGUAUUAUAACGAGGGACAUGCUACAUGUUUUGAUCAAUUACUAAGCCACUUGGGAAAGAAUGUGUAAAGCUGUAAAUAUUGAAAUAAAAAUGCAGACAUAUUUUAAAUAGCCAUAUGAAGAGCUUUAGGGGAAACCUUUUCCCCGCUAGGAGCAAAUACCAAGAGGCCGCUUAUUACUAUUAGAAGAACAGUAUGUUCUUCACCGUAAGGGCAGUAAAGCUCCGGAAUUCACUGACUAUGGAGGAGGGGGGAGGCAUUUAAGAAUAAACUGGGUUGCUACUUUGGUAAAAGGUAUUCAUCAUCACAUAUCGUAAUUUAAAAUGUGCCGAUCCAGGGGCUUUUCCAACUUUUCCAAGUACUUAAAAUGUUUUUUUUUUCCCACGGGAUAAAUUUUUCAUUUAUUAUGAUGUAUUUGGAUGCAAUGUAAUGUUAGUAAAGUGCAAACUCAGAUCUCUACUGUAUAGUAAUAUUAUUUUUAAUUAACAAACUGUCAUUGAAAAUAAAAAGACUCUUCCAAAGG